UUAUAUACGCGACUUCUACCGAACCUUCUUGUCACGCGGUCCUAUCAGAGCAAUCAACAAAAGCUCGGGAAAACAUAAUUUAGUGAAAAUUCUCGCUCUUUGAUUAGUUAGUUAGUGCACAUUAGAAACUAAACGCUUUGAUCGUUGUUGUAGUGUUAUCUAGUGCUCGUGGUGAUUCAUUACUGAAUUCCGAAAGUAAUUGGUGAUCGUGGUGCUGUGGAUAUUCUUUGGUCUCCAGUAAGGAUUGCCGAUUAAUUGUGAGGUUCUUUGCCAGUUUAUCCAAGGUCGGAACAAUUUCGCUUUGAUAAAGACUAUACGGCCAAACGCAAUAAUGAAACAGCCAGUGUAAAUUUGCACUACAAAUCGGUGUCAGGGAGGCGUGCGUGUGUCCGUCUCUUCCCGUGAAGGACACCACAUCGCUGUCCGCAUUUUCACGGGAUUUCUAGGAGCACUGGCACGUAAUCCGUAACUCGCACCAGAGGCAAUGAUGAAAUAUCCAGGGGGUCAAUUACUGACGUUCGUGGUUCUGUUAGUAUUGGGUCAAGUCUUCAGCAACGGUAACUAUUCGGAUUUUCCUUACAUCCAGUAUUUAACACAUCCUCCGGAAAUCGUGACCAAACCGCGGAACCUGCAAGUUAAGGCCGGAGGCAUAGCGGCAUUUUAUUGCGCAGCAAGGGGAGACCCACUGCCCCAGAUACAGUGGAAGAAGAACGGCAAGAAAGUGUCCAGUUCGCAGACGAGGUAUCAAGUGAAAGAAUUUCCCGACGGUGGCGCCUUGUUGAGAAUAGAGCCGGUGAAAGCUGGAAGAGACGACGCGAACUAUGAGUGCGUAGCCGAAAAUGGGGUGGGCGACGCCGUCAGCGCCGAGGCAACACUAGUGGUGUUCGAAGUGGACAAACUGCCCCCCGGCUUUCCCCAGAUCACAGAAUCGCCGCAAAACAACAAAGUAGUGGAAAUCGGGCACAACACGAUGUUAAACUGCGCCGCUACGGGCAAUCCCGGCCCCAAAAUCACGUGGUUGAAAAAUAUGUUGCCGAUAAACAUCAGCAACAAUCCCCGGUACUCCAUCAGAGACGGUUCGCUUCAGAUCAGAAACAGUGAAGAGAAAGAUCACGGCAAAUACGAAUGUGUCGCGGAAAAUUCCAUCGGUACCGAUUACUCGAAAUCCGCUCUGCUCUACGUGAAAGUGCGGCGCGUGCCCCCAACAUUCUCGAUACCACCACCACCGGUUGCCGAAGUAAAAUUAGGGGACGACUUAAAUUUGACCUGCGUAGCAGUCGGAUCUCCGAUGCCUUUCGUGAAAUGGAGGAAAGGGGAAACUGAAGAGCUGACCCCCGAAGAUAAGCUACCGAUCGGAAAAAAUACUCUCGAGCUGAAAAAAAUCGAAGCGUCCGCGAAUUAUACAUGCGUGGCUGCCAGCGCCCUCGGGAUUGUUGAAACGGUCACCCACGUUAAAGUACAAUCGUUACCGGGACCACCGACGAACGUAAGAGUUUCGGAAAUUACCGCCACUUCGGUGAGGCUGACCUGGUCAUACAACGGUCCGGAAGAGCUGCAGUACUACGUCAUUCAGUUCAAACCCAAGUACGCCAAUCAAGCAUUCAGCGAAAUUAGCGGGAUCAUCACGAUGUAUUAUUCGGUCAGAAAUCUGAGCCCUUAUACCGAAUACGAAAUGUACGUGAUAGCUGUCAACAAUAUCGGUAGAGGUCCGCCUAGCGCUCCAGCUAUAGUAACCACAGGAGAAACCGCUGACUUUUUCUAUGGAGGUGCCAAACCCGGUACGGCACCCAGGAAUGUGCAAGUAAGACCACUGAGCUCCAGCACCAUGGUCAUUCAGUGGGAUGAACCCGAAACACCUAAUGGCCAGGUGACGGGCUACAAAGUUUAUUACACGACGAACUCGCAGCUUCCGAUGGCACAGUGGGACUCGCAAGUAGUCGAUAACAAUCAGUUAACAACAAUCAGUGAGCUCACACCUCACACCAUCUACACCAUACGGGUCCAAGCUUUUACUUCGGUCGGUCCCGGUCCACUCAGCCCUCCCGUGCAUGUCAAGACCCAGCAAGGUGUGCCGAGUCAACCGAGUAACUUACGCGCAUCGGAUAUCGGUGAAAGCUCCGUCACUUUACAAUGGAGCAAACCAACUCAUUCCGGUGAAAGCAUCGUCAGCUACGAACUAUACUGGAACGAUACUUACGCCAAAGAAAAGCACCACCGUAGGAUAGGUAUAUCGGAGUCGUACACCCUCAGCGGACUCUACCCGAACACAUUGUAUUACGUGUGGUUGGCGGCCAGAUCGCAACGCGGAGAGGGCGCCACCACUCCACCGAUACCCGUGCGAACCAAACAGUAUGUGCCGGGGGCGCCGCCGAGCAAUGUACAGGGUGAAGCGGUAAGUCCGACCGCGAUCAAAGUAUGGUGGGACCCGCCGCCGGCCAACCGAAGCAACGGCAACAUAAUAUACUACAAGCUGCAUUUCGUGGAGGCGGAUCGUUCGGACAGUGAAGCGACCAUUAACAAAUUGAACAGUACUAGUUUUGUGCUUGACGAACUUAAACGAUGGACCACUUAUCGAAUUUGGGUGCUGGCCGGCACCUCGGUCGGAGAUGGACCGGCUUCUUAUCCGAUCACCGUGCGAACCCAUGAAGAUGUGCCGGGCAAUCCGCAAGACGUCAAAGUCACCCCCAUUAAUUCGACAACGAUCAAGGUGAAUUGGAAACCACCCCAAACCAGAGACCGAAACGGAAUCAUAUUAGGUUACCACGUACAUGUCCAAGAAACAAAAGAAGAGGGUAAAAGUUUCCUCAACGACCCUAUGAGAUUCGACGUCUUCGGAGAUACGGUUCUGGAAUUGAACGUUACGAGUCUACAGCCCGACACCACGUACGUUAUUCAGGUGGCUGCGUUGACCCGCAAGGGAGAUGGAGAUAGAAGCACUCCAGUUAACGUGCGCACACCCGGCGGUGUUCCCAAUCGUCCUGCUUUGACACUUAAGAUAAUUGAAAGGGAGCCCACAAUUACGAUCGAGCUGGAAUGGUCUAGGCCUUCGCAAACGUACGGCGAACUUAAGGGAUAUAAGCUGCGCUAUGGCAUUAAAGACCAGCUGCUUAAAGACGUGCAUCUCAAAGGUACUCAAACUAUGAACUAUAGAAUAAACGAUUUGGAAAGAGGAGUUGAGUAUGAAUUCCGAGUUGCCGGAUUGAACCAUAUCGGUACCGGUCAGGAGGCCAUAAAAUACAUGCGCACGCCCGAAGGCCCGCCAACCGGUCCCCCCUCCAACAUCACUUACCGUUUCCAAACUCCGGAUGUAGUCUGCAUCACUUGGGACCCCCCGACGCGUGAACACCGAAACGGCCAAAUCGUUAAAUACGACAUCGAAUUUCAUAAAAAGUCGGACCACAACAACGUGAUCAUCAGAAACGUGACAAAAACCAAGGCGGUCUUUACGAAUUUGGAGGAGAAUACGGAGUACAUCUUCCAUAUCAAAGCGUAUACCACUCAAGGGGCGGGACCAAACAGCGAAAAACAGACAAUCCAGACCGAGAAAGAUAUAGGUAGAGCACCGAUGUCCGUUAAAGCCGUAGCCACGUCGGAAUCUAGCGUCGAAGUAUGGUGGGAGACCGUUCCGUCACGCAACAAGAUCAUCGGCUACCAGAUAUUCUACACGAUGACUGCGGUCGAAGACCUCGACGAGUGGCAACAGAAGUCGGUCGGUCUAACCACGUCCGCUGAUUUAGUGAACCUGGAAAAAUACGCGCAAUACGCAAUCGCCGUAGCGGCCCGCAUGAAGAACAGUUUGGGAAGGCUUUCGGAAAAAGUAACGGUUAAAGUGAAGCCGGAAGAUGUUCCGUUGAACCUGAGGGCGCACGAAGUCACCACCCAUUCUAUGACUUUGUCUUGGUCACCUCCCAUUAGGCUCAAUCCCAUCAAGUAUAAAAUCUCGUUCGACGCCAUUAAAGAGUUCGUCGAUUCCCAAGGGAUUACCCAAACGCAGAGCAUACCGCGGGUAGAAAUAUUGCUAAACGCCGACGUGAAAUCUCACACGAUUAAUGAAUUAUCUCCGUUUACCACAUACAACGUGAACGUCAGCGCCAUACCAAGUGAUAACUCGUACCGUCCACCGACUAAAAUAACCGUCACGACUCAAAUGGCUGCUCCGCAACCGAUGGUGAAACCCGAUUUCUAUGGCGUCGUCAACGGCGAAGAGAUUCACGUGAUUCUACCGCAAGCGUCUGAAGAAUACGGACCAAUCAGUCACUAUUAUUUAGUUGUCGUUCCGGAGGACGCGUCUACGAUACAGAACAUGCCCGAUCAAUUUCUAACCGAAGAUUUGUUAACGAACAUUGAAAAAGUACCUGAAGAUCCCAGUUUGCCUUAUAUCGCGGCCAAAUUCCCCCAAAGAAGUAUUCCUUAUACAUUUCAUUUGGGCACUGGCGAAGUGAACGACGGAUUGGUGAAUUACAAACUCCUUCCCGGAAAGAGAUAUCGGAUCUUUGUUCGAGCUGUUGUAGACACACCCCAAAAGCAUCUUUAUACCAGCAGUCCCUUCUCCGAAUUUCUUUCGCUAGAUAUGCGCCCUCCCCCACCGGGCGAACCACCCAUCAGACCGAACCCCAACGCUCCGACCGAUAACGACGUUAAAGUCAGUUCUCCCAGAAAAGAAGCGACAUAUCUGUGGAUUGUAGGCCCCGGCAUUGCCGUAGUUCUUUUGUGCGCCAUAUUGGUGUUCUUCUUCAUAAUGCGGAGGCGGAGACGACCAUGCAAAACGCCCGAUCAGGCAGCCGUGACGAAACCUCUUAUUCCCGCAGAUCUAAACAGUAGUAUAGCGCCUAGCGACCCGGUAGAGAUGAGAAGACUGAAUUUCCAAACUCCAGCGAUGAUAUCGCAUCCGCCCAUACCGGUUUCGGAACUGGCGAAUCAUAUCGAACGGUUGAAGGCGAACGACAACUUGAAGUUCUCGCAGGAAUACGAGAGUAUCGAGCCUGGUCAGACGUUCACGUGGGAAUUUUCCAAUAAAGACGUCAACAAACCGAAGAACCGCUACGCCAACGUGAUUUCUUACGAUCACAGCAGGGUCAUCCUUCCCAUCGAAGACGGAAAAAGGGGUUCCGAUUAUAUAAACGCCAAUUACUGCGAUGGGUAUCGAAAACACAACGCUUACGUUGCUACGCAAGGACCUCUACCGGAAACAUUCGGCGACUUUUGGAGGAUGUGUUGGGAGCUCAAAUCUUACACGAUAGUGAUGAUGACGAAACUGGAAGAACGCACCAGGAUCAAGUGCGAUCAGUACUGGCCGUCGAGAGGCACUGAAAUAUACGGACCCAUGUCGGUAGCGAUAACGGACGUCCAGGAAUUGGCCACUUACUGCAUUAGGACAUUCGAUAUUCAAAAAGACGGUUACACAGACACCAGGGAAGUGAAACAAUUGCAGUUCACCGCUUGGCCCGACCAUGGAGUCCCCGAUCAUCCUGCGCCAUUCUUGCAAUUCCUCAGGCGAGUACGCAGUUUGAACCCUCCAGACGCUGGCCCAAUCAUCGUUCAUUGUUCUGCAGGGGUUGGAAGAACGGGUUGCUUUAUCGUGAUCGACUCGAUGCUGGAACGGAUGAAACAUGAGAAAACUGUAGACAUCUACGGCCACGUAACCUGCUUGCGAGCUCAGAGGAAUUACAUGGUUCAAACGGAAGAUCAGUAUAUAUUUAUCCAUGAUUCGCUUUUGGAGGCCUACAUUUGUGGCCAAACGGAGGUGCCCGCGAGGAACCUGCAGCAGCACAUCCAGAAACUGAUGCAACUCGAACCUGGCGAGAACAUUACGGGAAUGGAACACGAAUUCAAGAAGCUCGGAAAUAUUAAGACUGACUCUUCGCGCUUCGUUACCGCGAAUUUACCUUGUAAUAAGCACAAAAAUAGAUUGGUACAUAUCUUACCUUACGAAAGCACCAGGGUAUGUCUGCAGCCGAUUAGAAAUAUGGAAGGAGCGGACUACAUCAAUGCCAGCUUUAUCGAUGGCUAUCGCUACCGAAGGGCUUACAUUGCCACUCAAGGGCCGCUUCAGGACACAACCGAUGAUCUGUGGAGGAUGCUGUGGGAACAUAACUCCACUAUCAUUGUAAUGCUUACGAAACUUAAGGAGAUGGGACGGGAGAAGUGUUAUCAAUACUGGCCCAGCGACAGAUCUGUAAGGUACGGAUGUUACGUGGUAGAUCCUAUAGCAGAGUACAACAUGCCGCAAUAUAUUCUUCGGGAGUUCAAAGUGACAGACGCCAGAGACGGUUCAUCGAGGACUAUGCGCCAAUUCCAGUUCACAGACUGGCCGGAACAAGGAGUGCCGAAAUCUGGAGACGGCUUCAUCGACUUCAUCGGACAAGUGCACAAAACCAAGGAGCAAUUCGGACAGGAUGGACCUAUUACGGUACACUGCAGCGCCGGCGUUGGUAGGACUGGCGUUUUCAUCACUUUAAGCAUAGUACUGGAGCGAAUGCAGUACGAAGGGGUUGUGGACGUGUUUCAAACAGCCAGAAUUUUGCGUACUCAACGCCCGGCCAUGGUCCAAACUGAGGAUCAAUAUCAAUUUUGCUACAGAGCGGCUCUUGAGUAUCUGGGCUCUUUCGAUCACUAUACAAAUUAGAUGCGGAUGAGGUAGGAUUGGCAACACAGCAGACAAUAACUGCCCGUCACAUUCGAGAAGCGGUUGCGCUUGGUUUUUUGUAACAAAUUUCACUGUUCUGUUUCAUUACUGCCGAAUCAUCACGCGCAAACAGUUAAAUGAUAAUUGUAAAUUGCGAACUAAAUUUAUUAAUGAAGUGCGAGGAUAGUGUGCAAUUGUGUGUGAACAAUGUGCCUAACUACACGUGGGAGUAUAUCAUAAAAAGAAAAAUGUAUAGAAUAAAACCCUGAGGUGCACAUGCAACACGGACUUUAGCGAAAUAAAUACCCCUCCCUUACUAUUUUAUAAUGUGCGUCUUUUUUUGGUAUAAAAAUAUUUGUUUUUUCUAUUAUAUUUUAGGAAACGAAUCUCGCCGUAUUGAUGUAUUUAUUUUUUUAAACGAUUUUUAACCAUUUUUUAUGUACAUGUGUAGUUGGUUGUUUUGUGCCAGUCCAUGCAUAUUGUCCGUUAAGUUCACACCCGACGCCUGCACUAAUUUAUCUUAUUUAACAUAUCUUAAGUAAUUUCGAAUAUACUUCUCUAAUAUGUAGUUACUUAACUUUGUUUUGUUUAUACAAAAUAACAUAUUUGUUAAAAUAUUGCCACUGUAUUAAUUGUAAAUUUUUUGUACCGUUUUCGGUACUUAGACUGAUUUAUCUUUGAUAUUUUAUUUUUUGUAAACUGUUUAUAAUGUAACAAAUUCACAACCAGUUGAGCACAGGAUGAUUAAAAUAAGUAUGGAGAAAUAAAGAAAUUUAGAUUUUAAAUAA